UAGUAGGUUCAAGAACCAAACAUGGCGACGUCCAGUGUUUUCAGACCAGGCUUGUUUAACCAUAAAGUAGCGAUUGUAACGGGCGGCGGCACCGGUAUCGGUAAAGCCAUCUCUGCAGAGCUGCUGGAGCUCGGUUGCAGUGUGGUGAUCUCCAGCAGAAAGGUAGAGAGGUUGGAGGCGGCAGCUCAGGAGAUGAGACAAAGAAUCCCUGCCUCCAGCCCUGCGUGUGUCACUCCUCUACCGUGUAACAUCCGAAACCAGGACGAGGUGAAGAAUCUGAUGUCAUCAGUGCUGAAGCGGUUCGGCAGGAUAGACUUUCUGGUGAACAAUGGAGGAGGUCAGUUCACCAGCCCGGCAGAACACAUGUCCUCUAAAGGCUGGAGGGCGGUGAUUGACACCAACCUGACAGGAACCUUCCACUGCUGCCAGGAGGUCUACACAGCGUGGAUGAAACAACAUGGAGGUGUGAUCGUCAACAUCAUUGCCGACAUGUGGAAAGGGUUCCCAGGCAUGGCACACACAGGGGCAGCGAGGGCAGCAGUGGACAACUUAACAAAGAGUCUGGCCAUCGAGUGGGCGGCCUCAGGAGUCAGAAUCAACUCUGUGGCACCUGGAACAAUCUUUUCCAAAACUGCAAUGGAGAACUACAAGGACAUUGGACCAACAAUUUUCAAGACGGCCAUUCCAUUAAGCCCUGCGAAGAGGCUGGGAGUACCAGAGGAGAUCUCAUCAGCCGUGUGUUUCCUGCUCUCUCCUGCUGCCUCCUUCAUCUCUGGAGCCACCCUGAGGGUCGAUGCAGGACAGAGUCUGUACCGCUCCAUGUGGGAGAUACCUGACCACAGUGCAUGGCCCGAGGCUCCAGAGGGAGAGAACCUGGACGCUCUGAAGGACCUGCUCAACCCACAAAGCAAACUCUGAUUCACUUUUAUGGCUGAGCCUGAGCUGAGGCUGAGUCUGAGCCCGGGUCAUAAACACACAGUUGGCCAACCAUCAUGGACCAUGAGCUGUAAAGCCACCAUAAACACAGUCAAUGAAACAAGACACCAGAGUGGCCUGGGUAGAAGAUGUUCUGAUUUGUUAUUAUUGCAAAUAAUGUAAAUAAUUGUUUGUAAUUAUUAGCAACAUGAGUGUCUGAUUAGUUUCUUGGAUGAUAAGCUGUGACAUAAACUGUUGAAAUGUA